AUGGCAUCUUCUUUACGGGAACCUCAGUCACGGGAUUGCAGAGUAGAUGAUUCCCGCAAAGUGCAAGUCACUAUUUUGGCUUCUGAAUGGGGAUCAAGCAAAGGGGGACUUUCCACCAUAAACAGAGAGUUAGCCAUUCAGUUGGCCAAAUACCCUGAAGUGGAAAUCACUGUCUUUUUACCGCAAUGCAGUAAAGAGGACAAGAAGUUAGCCCUGAGGUAUAACGUAAAGAUCGUUGAAGCAACCCCCCUGUCUGGCUUUGAGCAACUGGACUGGCUUUGCUUUCCGCCUGAAGAUUUGCAAAUCGACAUUAUCGUAGGUCAUGGAGUUAAACUCGGUAAACAGGCACAAAUCAUUAAAAGAUCUAAAAGGUGCAAAUGGGUUCAAGUGGUGCACACAGAUCCAGAGGAACUUGGAAUGUUCAAAAACUAUUCAGAUCCAAUUUCAAAAGGCGAGGAAAAGCACAAGAUCGAAGUAGAACUGUGUGAAAUGGCAGAUCAUGUUGUUGGGGUUGGUCCCAAGUUGAGCGAGGCCUUUCGCUCCUAUCCUCGCAGCUGCCAAAAAGAUGAUAAUGUCCUUGACUUAACUCCAGGAGUAUUUGUAGAAUUUGAGGCUGUGAAGCAGGCUCUGAACGAAAGGCAACAACACAGUGUCUUGGUGUUUGGUCGUGGAGACGUAGAGGAUUUCGAAUUGAAAGGAUUUGACAUCGCUGGGAAAGCAGUUGCUGAGUUAGAAGAUACUCGUCUUGUCUUUGUUGGGGCUCCAGAUGGAAAACACGAAGAAAUAGCAAAACGGUUGACCGAAUGUGGUGUCCCUCCAAGUCGCUUGAGAGUAAGAGGAUUUGUUCAAGAUCGAGAGAGUCUAAGGCGCUUGUUUCAAGAAGUGGAUCUUGUUGUCAUGCCUUCAAGAACAGAGGGCUUUGGAUUGACAGGGCUAGAGGCCUUGUCAGCUGGUCUCCCUUUGCUUGUCAGCCGCAACUCCGGUUUUGGAGAAGCUUUACGUGGUGUACCUUUUGGAUCAUCAUAUGUAGUGAACUCAGAGGAACCGGCAGAUUGGACCUCUGCUAUCAAAACAAUCUGGGUCAAGGACAGGAGAAGUCGGCUUGAGGAAGCGGAAACUUUGCGCGAAUCCUAUGGCAAGAAAUACAACUGGGCCAAACAGAUAAAAGAUUUCAUUGACAAGAUGAUCUGUUGGGUUUACGGUAUGAACGUCAAUUUU